GCGCUCUCUCUCUCUCUCUCUCUCUCUCUCUCUCUCUCUACUCUUUCCCUUUCCAACUCUCUCUCUCUCUAAGUGGACUCCGUGGAGAUCGAGCCGACGAAAACCAUGACGCCAUGGGCGAGCUCCUCCUCUGCGGCGAUCUCCGAUCCCCAAGUAGCUUCUCUCUUUAGAGAAUGUAGAAAUAAGUUUUUUCCUCUGUAAUUACUGCUAAAUGGAGGCUUGUGACUGCAUAGAGCCACAAUGGCCAGCGGAUGAGCUCCUUAUCAAAUAUCAAUACAUAUCGGACUUCUUCAUAGCCCUCGCUUACUUCUCUAUACCACUCGAACUGAUUUACUUUGUGAAGAAGUCGGCCUUUUUUCCAUACAGAUGGGUUUUGAUUCAGUUCGGUGCAUUUAUAGUUCUUUGUGGAGCUACUCACUUAAUAAACUUGUGGACUUUCACUCCCCACUCGAAAAUGCUAGCCAUGGUUAUGACAGUAGCAAAAGUUUCAACCGCUGUUGUUUCCUGCGCAACUGCUUUAAUGCUUGUUCACAUAAUUCCUGAUUUGUUGAGUGUGAAAACAAGAGAGCUGUUUUUAAAAAAUAAGGCCGAAGAACUUGAUAGAGAGAUGGGCCUUAUACGAACUCAAGAAGAAACAGGAAGACAUGUUCGAAUGCUUACUCACGAAAUCCGAAGUACAUUAGAUAGACAUACAAUCUUGAUGACAACCCUUGUUGAACUGGGGAGAACUUUGGGUCUUGAGGAAUGUGCUUUAUGGAUGCCUUCAAGAAGUGGUUUGAGUCUUCAACUUUCUCAUACUCUACGCCACCAAGUACCAGUGGGGUCCACAAUUCCUAUUAAUUUACCUGUGGUUAAUCAGGUGUUUAGUAGCAAUUGCGCGAUUAUAAUUCCCCAUACAUCGCCACUGGCAAGGAUAAGGCCUUUAGUGGGGAGGUAUGUUCCACCGGAGGUGGCAGCGGUGCGGGUCCCUCUGUUGCAUCUAUCGAAUUUUCAAAUAAAUGACUGGCCUGAGUUCUCAGCGAAGAGUUAUGCAAUUAUGGUUCUAAUGCUCCCGUCGGAUAGUGCGAGGAAAUGGCAUGUCCAUGAAUUGGAGCUGGUCGAGGUCGUGGCUGACCAGGUAGCAGUUGCACUUUCACAUGCUGCUAUUCUAGAAGAGUCUAGGCGGGCCCAGGAAUUGCUUUUGGAGCAGAAUGUUGCCCUAGAUUUAGCUCGGCAGGAGGCAGAAAUGGCCAUUCGGGCCCGCAAUGAUUUUCUGGCUGUCAUGAAUCAUGAGAUGCGGACACCGAUGAAUGCGAUCAUAGCUCUUGCAUCCCUACUUUUAGAAUCUGAACUAACUCCCGAGCAGCGUUUGAUGGUGGAGGCCGUAUUGAAGAGCAGCAAUCUGUUAGCAACGCUCAUCAAUGAUGUUCUAGAUCUUUCUAAGCUUGAAGAUGGAAGCUUCGUGUUAGAGACCAGUGCAUUCAAUCUUCAUGCUGUAUUUAGAGAGGUAAUGAAUUUCAUCAAACCAGUUGCUGCUGUGAAGAAACUAUCAGUGUCAGCGACGUUGGUACCAGAUUUGCCAUUGUGCGCCAUCGGCGAUGAAAAGCGGCUCAUGCAAACUAUUUUGAAUAUUUGUGGUAAUGCUGUUAAGUUUACAAAGGAGGGUCAAAUUACAAUUACAGCUUCUGUUGUGAAGCCGGACUAUGUAGGAGACUUCAGAUCACCAGACUUUUAUCCAGCUGCCAGUGAUAGGCACUUCUAUUUGAGAGUUCAGGUUAAGGAUACUGGUUGUGGAAUUAGUCCUCAGGAUAUACCUCACGUCUUUACUAAAUUUGCACAAGCUCAAACUGGAGGAAGCCGAGGUUAUAGCGGCAGUGGUCUAGGGCUUGCCAUUUGCAAGAGAUUUGUGACUCUAAUGGAAGGGCACAUAUGGCUCGAAAGUGAAGGUAUCGGCAAGGGUUGUACGGCUACAUUUGUAGUAAAACUCGGGAUUUGUGAUACUCCCAAUCUAUAUCAGCAGCAGCAGGAGCAGCAGCAGCUGCAGCAGCAAAUGAUGCCUGCUGCUUGGCCGAGAGGUCACAGAGAAGCUGAUUUUCCCGGUCCAAAAGCACAUCCUCAAGACGAGAAAGCGCUUCUCCCUUUAAAACCCCUGUAUCAAAGGAGCAUAUGAGGUAUAUUCGUGGACGAGUUAUCGGCAUUGUGGAUUACUAAUUAUGAACUCUUUUCGUAGUCUUAAGUGCCAAUUUUGUUGUCUAUUGUUGUUGCACGACAUGUUUUACCGAGAUGUAAAGUAAUGUUCAGUUGUAGUUUGUGCAGCAUUUUAUGGUACUAAAUUAUUCAGUGAUAUUUUCUGCUUCUUCUUCUU